AUGAAGCCCUCGACCUUCAUCAUCCUCCCUCUGGCAGCUCUCGUGUCUGCACAACUUGAAAUAGACACGCGAGCUCACCACCAGCCGCCCUUCAAACAGUUCCACGAUCCCGCAGCCAGCCACGGGCAGGGCGCCGUAGGAGCCCGCCAGGGCCAAGGGCAAGUCCAGAACUUGGCCCUCCUCCCACGCAACAAAAACAAGGCCUCGAAGGGGACAGGCAGCGGCGGCGCCACGAGGACUGGUGCUGCCGGGACCGGGGCGGCCGGGGCGACGAAGACGGGUGCGGGCGCCGGGGCUAAAGUAACAGGGUCCUCGGCUGCGACCGGUGCCUCCACAAGCGCUACUGCUGCUGCUGCUGCUGCUGCUGCUGCAACGACGACGGGGACUAGUAGCAGUGUUACUGCCGGGGCGGUGACGACGAGCGGGGCUGGUGGUGGUGGUGGUCACGGGGUCAUGAUGGGAGGUGGACUCGUCCUUGUUGCAGGUGCAGCUGUGGGCUUUGCGAUGUGCAUGUGA